AUGCAGACAAGGAAGAACCUACACCAACACAGCCAGAUGCAAGAUGGAAUGAUACUGCGGACUCUGCGAUACAUCCUCUUCCUUUGGCAGAAGCAAUGGAUUUCCAAGAAAGCAUUGGGACAGCAGAACCACCUCAUGGGGUUGCUUUCCUGUCCACUUCAUAAAGAAUGGAACAAGCUGCAAAGGAGACAAAGGUCUCAUUUCCCGAAGCUGCCAAGGAGGAAGCCAAAGGCUGAAUUCGCUCGAGCGUGGCUGAUGAACUUCCUCACACUCCAUGGAGAGCAUUCACCAUGCCCAACCAAAAGGAUAUAUGUCCAGGGAUUCACAAUGAAGCAACUUCAUCGCAACAUGCAGGAAGGAUGUGUAGAGAAGGGAUGUCCGAGAGAGAGCCUUCUCAAGUACGUCCGAUUCACUUCUCUCCUAAAGGACAUGAACGUCUCAGUUGCAAAGCCAAACGCCUUCCUCAGUUGUGGCAUAUGCACCCAAAUCAAGAAACAGUGGAGAGUGGUGACAGGGGAUGCCCGAAGAGAUCUGGAAAAACUUCGUGAAACACAUUUAAAAAUGGCAGAAUUGCAGCGAUCCAACUACACGCACCACAAGGUUCUGGCUUUGGAGGAUAGCGAAUGGAUGACAAUGGUGGUCGAUGGAAUGGACCAAAAGAAAACUAAUGUGCCGCGUUUCGCCCAGGAGGACAAGCAUACCAACAGCUUGCCAAAGCUUGUCACUCAUAUUGCAGGAGUGAUGGUGUACACAGGCAAGGGCAUUCGUGAGUUCGCUUAUGUGGACAUGAGUCAAUACCCACAUGAUUCCAAUUUGACCAUUGAAGUCAUUCUUCGAACCCUACUCCGUAUGAAGGAAGAUUUGAAGCCAAAACUCUUCCUGCAGAUGGAUAAUUGCACCAGGGAGAACAAGAACAAGUACCUCUGCGCACUUGCACAUCUACUGGUGGAGGAAGGAAUAUUUGAUGAGGUGUUAUUCAACUUCCACCCAGUUGGACACACUCAUGAAGAUAUUGAUCAACUCUUCAGCUCGGUGAACCACUACCUGAGGGUUAGGGAUACGUGCACAGUAAAUGAUUUGAUGACAUGCUUGGGAGAGAUAAAAGGGAGAGGGAGACCUCAGCAUCUUCAGGCUGAGGAAUUGGAUGUAGUUCACAACUUCAAGGGAGUCAUACAGAAUCAUUUCCCCCGUCACUUUCGCGGUCAGACCAAGCCUCAUUCAUUCCGGUUCCGGAAAUCCAGCGGAAUCACACAAAUGCACGUUCGAAUGCAUGCUGGAGAAGCCUGGUGCCCUAAUGAGCAUGAUAAUCAAUACGUCAGGGAAUGUCUUGGCCCAGAUCUUGGUUAUAUCUGUCUACAGACAACACCAGAACUCCAUGUCUUCUGUGUUCUGGUACCACCUGAUUGGAAUUCAGCUGGACUGGAACUUGUGAAGGCGUCCAUCCAUAGUUACUUUCCAGAGAUGUCUGAGGAUAAAAUUCAUGCUUGGCGUGUCUUCUCUCCAGAUACCCAGCAAUCCAUGGAACCUAGAUUGUAUCUUCAGAAGUUAAGAGACCAUAAGAACACUUCACCUGAACUCAAUCCUAACAUCACCCCAGCCAUGCAAUCCUACCUGACGAACAUGAGAAGCCAACUGCUUGGACCAUUCCAACAGCCUAUCAUUGGUUCGAUUGGGAGUCGGAGACUGGGCAUAUGUGCCGGGACUGAAGAUCUUCACAUAGGUAUGCUGGCUGUUGUCUAUACGGAGGAGAAAUCAUCCCGACCAUGGAUAGGAAAGAUAGCCUCUAUAGACGAGAAGCAAGUGGCCAUCCACUGGUACAAGGGAACUUACGAGAAGACAUGGAACCCAAUGACAGGGGCUGGAAGCAUUUCGUCCGUUCCUCGAGAAUCUCUCCUCCUGUGGGGCUUCACUCUGACGGACAAGAAACAACUGCUAAGGAGUGAAACAAGAGAAGAAGUAAGGCGGCUCUAUCAGGAAACAGAUCAAAGAAUGCAACGUCAUGCAGAGACUUCAGAAGUGAACUAGGGAGUGAUUGACUGUAUAUGCCGUCUCCAAGCAAACCAUCACCUGGCCUUGGCAUGGUAUUCCUCAUCAAUGCAGCGAGAAUUUUCACCGAAAUGCUCAAGACUUCAGAGUUCAAGAUACGUGAACGAAAUUAAAGCUUUUGUUUCUUCCUAACUGUAGGGGAUAGGGAAUGUAGAGAGUUCCGGAAGAGUGGGGAAAAUCGACAGAAUAUCCAUAAGUGUUUUCACUCAAAGGUUAAGGUUGAGUUUUAUCCAGUUUCCCGUGCUUGAUGUAUUGACAUUUAAAUAUUGCACAUUUUUGUACUUUGCAGAAUAAUGGGAUAUAUCAGUUUAGCAUGGUUUACUUACCAGGAGAAUGCAAAUGGAAAAUGUUUUUGGCAGAAUCGAAGCUAGCCAUUUAUUUGUAUAUAAGUGAAGGGAAUAUAUUUUCAAAUGUCCUGACAAUA